AGAACACAACCCAUCAUGAACAAACUCAACGCUACGUGGCUUCUGGUGGCCCUGCUAGCACUCGGUGCAACCGUUGAAGCAGUCGAUCUCCCUGAGUAUCUGCACGUUUGCCAUCGCGAGGACCCCAAGCUGACCGAAUGCAUGAAGGAAUCGAUCGAAACCCUGCGACCGUAUCUGGCCCGCGGCAUCCCCGAGUUAGACAUUCCCUCGAUCGAUCCGAUCCAUCUGGGCGAUCUGAUCGUGGCGGAAAGUGUACCCGGCCAGGGGGUCAGUAUCUCGGCUAAGGACAUCAAGGCGUACGGUCCGUCGAACUUUAAGCUAAAAAAGCUCAAUGUGAUCGAGUACGGAAAGAUUUAUUCGUUUGAGUUGGAGUUGCCGCAUCUCUACGUCGAGGGCCGAUACGUUGUGGAUGGAAGGAUUCUGCUGCUGCCUGUGAAAGGGUCGGGCAAAUUUACUGGAAACUUUACUCAAGGUAUUGGCAGCGUACGUAUCAAGGGUGAUCGAAAGCGCAUUAACGGCAAAGAUCAUCUGUCCCUGAAUAAGCUUGAUAUCAAAAUUCGGGUGUCCGACGGUCGGCUGAAGCUGGAAAAUCUUUUUGGUGGUGAUCGUGUACUUGGAGAAAUCAUUAACGAAACUAUCAACCAGAACUUUAACCUGCUCAGCACCGAGCUUAUUCCACUGAUCGAGAAAGCCCUGCAGAGGAUAUUCAAGCGGACGGGCAACAAAAUUCUCGAACGCUUCCCCGAGGAGGUGUUGUUUCCCUGGCCCGCAAUGGAUCGUUCUGGAAGUGCAAGGGGUCAUUCUGACGGAGGCCGUUCGAGGGUGACACGGUUACGUCCGUACAUGGGCAUUGGUUUGGUGACGAUGGCCGUGUUCGGUUCGCUGUUGUCGAUCAUUUUCCACGUGGCUGAAGCGAAGGAGAUCGUUAUUAGGAAUAAGGACGUGCCGCAGUAUCGAGAGAAGCCUGAAUGGCUGCGAGUAUGUAAGCGAGCAAACCCGAACGAAGAUGACUGCUUUAAGAAAAUGUUCGAAGGAACCUUCCCGUAUAUUGCUAAGGGUAUCCCGGAAAUCGGUGUACAACCGUUCGAUCCACUGCGGAUAGAAUCCAUCCAGGUGUCGCGCGGUUCCGGAGGGCUGACGCUCAGCGGUGGCUUCAAAAAGCUAAGCAUCAAGGGACCAUCGAACACGACCGUCCGUAGGGCGUCACUCGACUUUAACAAGCACGCGCUAAGCUUCGAUCUCGAGAUCCCGAAGCUGCGCAUCGAUGCCAGCUACAACCUGAAGGGAAACGUCCUUCUGCUACCACUGGUCGGCGACGGGGACGUAACGAUGUCACUUAAGAACGUCAAAACAACGGUCGUGACCAAGUUUGCCGUGCGCCCACUGCCCGAGGAUGCUAUCUUUAUCGAGGAAAUGAAAGUGACCUUUCUUGUUGGUGGCAUGCGCAUACAUCUGGACAACCUGUUCCAAGGGAAUCAAGUGCUGGGAGCAUCGCUGAACCUGUUCCUCAACCAGAAUGCGAACGAAGUCAUCGCUGAGCUGCGGUCCGAUCUUGAGCAUGGGCUGGCCGACAUCUUUAUCGGACUCUGGAACGAGCUGUUCAAUAAGCUACCAUUGAAGCUGUGGAUCGCUUAAGUGCAAGGACAUUCUUCGGUGGGGCUAGGACCCUGUGUAAAUAGUAGACGA